GAUUGUCAUGGCUCAUAUUCACAACAUAAUGCCGCUCCCAUACAAGAUGAUACACAAAACUAUAUAGUUUUAGAUGGUUUUCAAAAUGCCACCCAUACACAAGUGGAAUUUUAUAGACAAAUUGAAACUUGUGAUCCCUACGAUGUACCAUUGGGGACCGAUACCAUUAAAGUCCUGUGGUCUUUUGGUGACACCGAUCCCAUACAUGGCAAUCUUAAGGGACAUGGUAAAAAUCGUGGUUCUAAACCUUUGCACCUGCUUGGACCUAUGUUUCGUAAGCCUCAUUCUGCCAAUAGAAAUCAUCAAGAUGUACAAAAAUGGGAUGUUACUGUGCAGAAUGUCACCAUAGAUGCCUCCAUGGAUACUUUAUAUUGGUGCAAAAUUAUUAAGGCUCCUGCUUUGUCGGAAAAACAUCAUAUUAUUGGUUAUGAAGCUUUGUUGACACGUGAAAGUGGCGCUACACAACCUUUGGUCCAUCAUAUGACACUAUUUGAAUGUUCUACUAAAUCAUACCCCGGCUCAGAUCCAGCCUCUUGGGAUGUUUGGGUAAAGAGUAGUGGUGCAGUGUGUAAUAGUAAUUUAUUAACCCCACGUGAUUGGGAUGCUUGUAUUACACCAGUGGCAGUAUGGUCAAUUGGCUCCUCAGGACAAUUUUUACCACCCCAUGUUGGCAUACCAGUGGGUGGUAAAACGGGCCCUAAAUAUUAUAUGCUAGAAAUACACUAUGAUAAUCCUCAUGCUCUUAAAUCUUCAGACCAUUCAGGUUUUCGCAUACACUAUAGUAAACAUUUGCGCCAACAUGAUGGUGGCGUUAUGAUAUCAGGCGUUUCUGUUUCGGAUACACAAUUAAUACCACCAGGUCAAAAGCUUUAUCGUAAUGUUGGCAUCUGUGGUCCUUCGUGUUCGAAUGAGAUGUUUCCUAAAGAUGGCAUAAAAAUAAUUUCCGGUACUUUGCACUCACAUCGUGCAGGCCGCAAAAUGACUUUAAGACAUGUACGCGAUGGCAAGGAAUUGCCACGUAUUAUUGAAGAUGAUAAUUAUGAUUAUAACUAUCAACAAGUGCGGCAAUUGGAAAAUGAAACUGUAGUUCUGCCGGGAGAUUAUAUAAUAACGGAUUGUGCUUAUGAGACUUCCUCACGCAAGCGUCCCACCUUUGGCGGCUAUUCGACUAAACAGGAAAUGUGCUUGUCUUUUAUCACUUAUUAUCCGCGCAUAGAAUUGGCCGGUUGCUAUAGCAUGACUCCAGUUCGAGAAUUUUUCGAAACUUUUGGUGUUUAUCAAUUCUAUUCAUUAAAUAUGACCGAUGUGGAAAAUCUAUUUUUAUACAAUGGCAAUGUUUUGGACUAUAUACCCAAUACUAUCUAUGCUAAGACAAAACCCAAUAGGGUUAAUAUGACCGAGGAAGAUAUAUUGUAUGAGGAGUCUUUAUUGAAUAAAUUAAUCAUUUCUGAUCCUGUGGAGUUUCAUGAUCGUACUUUCCUGUCUCAUCUUAACCAAUUACCCUGGUCUGAACCUUUAUUUACCAAACGAGUGGAGCAGAGCAUGAUUAAUGGCAAACAUAUGACGUUUUGUCGGGUUUCGAAUGAUGCUGUAUCUAUUCCCUCCGAAAUUAUACGUUAUCCAAAUUUCACCACCUUUGUUAAGCCCCCCAGCAUUUGCCCCUAUCAGCUGUUAAUGGAUAGUUCACCUUUAAGUUCCCUGGCCUUAGGUUUAAGUUUAAAUAAAUUAUUUUUAUUAUUUAUUAGUUUUAAUUUAUUUAUUAUAAAUUAUUUUGUAUUUUAAUUUCACAAUAGAAUGCUCAACUCAAUGAAUUUCAUAAAAAAUAAAUCCUGUUUGUAUAUAGAAAUUCACUCAAAGUAUUACUUAGAUAUAGAGCUAUAAGUUAAAAUUUCAAACCCCUAAAAUAUUGGAAAAAAAUUUACAAAAAAAUAUUAAAAAAAUUUAACGUUUUUAAAAAAAUUUACUAAUUUUCAUAAAACAAAUUAAAUUUUUAACAAAAUUUCUUUUACUAGUAUUUAAAAUACUAUAUCAAAGCCCAAAUUUCAGAACCCCUGUUCUAGUUUUAAGUAUUUUUCAUUUCCCAUAUUUAUAAAGACCUUCUCUUGACUUUAGUUUAUCUUAAAUACCUUGAAAAGUUUCCCUCAUAAUGUUCCGUAACAGUAAAAUUAGUUUUUUAACGUUUCGUUUUAUAAAUGAGUAUUGAGUCAUAAAUUUUAAGGUCUUGAAAAGUCAUUUAAUUUUAUAUAUAAUUAUAUAUAUUUAGUUAUAAUCAUGUUUAUAUUAAAAAAACACUUUAAAAAUUUUACAGUUUCAAAAAAAUUCAAAGAAAAAUAAGUAAAAUUACCAGAUUCUGACAAAGAUCAAGGGUCUCGUGGUUAAAGUCCUUAUUCAUAAUAAAUGUUUAAGUUUUUUAUCUUCAAUUUGUGUUAAAAAUUUUUCAUAAAUUAAUAGAUCUUUUGGUAAAGAUUUUACAAAAUUACCUGGAAACUGUGAAAACUUUUAAGAGUUCUGCUGUACUUAUUGUGACAUGUUAAGUUUAGAAUAUUUUUACAAUCCAAAGAUUUAGUUUUUAAGUUUAGCUUGAUAAGUUUAAGAUAUUUUUAAUAAAAAUUUAAAAUA